AUUUAUUAAAUAUAUCCUAAUUUAUGUACGAAAAGAAAUUGUACAUAUAUAACAAAAACUUCACAUUAAUGUUCCAACGUUUCACAUUACCGCGGGUAACUGCGAUAUGUCGCAAAAAUCUAUCGUUAAGUUAGACUUACCUAUAAAAGAAGAACCAUGCGAGGUGCACGUGAAAAUAGAGCCAGAAGAAGGAACAGACGAGCCAGAGAAAGGAAGAGAAGAUUUAGAACAAUCUGAGACACAAUCGGUUGUGAAAAACGAAGUGGGAAUAAAAGAGGAACCGGUUUGCGAGAAUGAUGAGGUUUUUGAGUCAGUGCGUGUCAAAGUUGAAGAAGGGUCACCUCACUUCGAGGUGCUGGUGCAGGAUGUCACUGGAUCUAUCUCUGAUGCCGCGACGAGUUCCAGAUCAAAGGACCACACGUCGAGCCUCAAACACGAGCCUCUAGAAGAAAUCGACUCAAGAAAGAAACGUGAAUAUUCCGACCUCAUCAAAAAGGAAACAUUCCCAUGUGAAACUUGUGGCGAGCUUUUCACACUCAAAUCAAAGCUAAAAAACCAUAUGAAAGAACACGGGAAAAAUCGCUUUAUGUGCGACAUAUGUAAAAAAAGAUUCGAUUUCAAAUACAAACUUAUAAUCCAUAUUAGAGUACACACAGGGGAGAAGCCUUAUUCGUGUGAUAUUUGUGAAGAGCGUUUCAAGAGUAGAGAUAACUUAAGGGAACAUGUUGCCAUUCACAAUGGGAAAUUGACAUGCGAAUUAUGCAAAAGGCAACUCAAAACUGCAAGAAGCUUAAAAAGUCAUAUGAAACUUCAUAAGGGAGAUAAACCAUUCCCAUGCGACACAUGCACUAAAUGUUUCAGUACUAGCAGAGCUUUGGAUGAACAUAAACUUAUACAUACAGGUGUAAAACAAUUCUCAUGCGACGUUUGCGGUAUGAAGUUCUUAAAAAAGAACCCUCUAGUCAUGCAUAAACGGGUACACACAGGUGAGAAACCGUACGCAUGUGAUAUAUGCAAUAAAUCGUUCAGAUUAAGAUAUCAGGUAAAUACUCACAAAAGAGUGCACACGGGGCAGACGCCGUAUUCUUGUGGUGUAUGUAAAAAACAAUUUUCGCAUAAGGGUAAUUUGACUAAACAUGAAUUAAUACACACGGAAAACCAGCCUUAUUGCGAGAUAUGUAAGAAGCACUUUAUGCAUAAAGCGUCUUUAAUUGUUCAUUUAAGAAUACAUAGUGGAGAGAAACCGUAUUCUUGUGAUAUAUGUAAUCGAAAAUUUAAAGAUAAAAGGUACCUACCUAGUCAUAUAAGAACGCACACAGGUGAAAAACCAUACGAGUGUGAUGUCUGCAACAUGCGGUUUACGCUAAGAACUGGUUUGAACGAGCAUAAACGAGGCCACACGGGAGAGAAACGGCAUUCAUGUGAAGUGUGUAAAAUACAGUAUGUGGAUAAAAGGACUCUUGUUAGACAUAUGCGUACUCACACUUAAUACCAAAUUGUAAAGGCAUAAUUAUAUGUUC